CCAAAGUAGUCAGUCUCGUGGGGGUGUUCAGGACGUUCAUGUAUUUCAGCUUCAUCAUGACUGCAUGUCUGCUUUGUGUAGUCCUUAUGUGUUUCCUUCAUGAGAUCAAAGCACAAGCUGGUUCUCAACCUAAACUGAUGGUGGAUCGACCCGUGAUCACAGAAACGGACUUGGUUACAUUAAAGUGUCAGACUCCAGCAUCUGUUUCAGUGACUGAGUGUUAUUUCAAGACUCCAUACAAAAGUAUCUACAGCGGCUCCUCCUGUAAUCGGACACUGACAGGAACUGAACUGCUGUCGAUUGAACAAAGACAAUCCCCCGCUGUCAUUACAGUGAGAUGUUAUUACAGUGGGACGAAUGAAGGUAUUACUUCUAAAUCUGCAGACAGUGACGCGUCCACCAUCAAAAUAAACAACCUUCCUCAGCCUAAACUGACAGUGAAUCCACUGGAGAUCACAGAGACACACUCAGUUACAGUAAACUGUCAGACGCCGUCAACUGUUCCCGUGGAUAAGUGUUAUUUCCACUUUGGGAAAGUAAAACCUGCCAGGAGCUUCUCUUGUCUGACGAAUCUGACUGGAGCUCAACUGCUGUCUUUCACAGAUCAAACUUUACCUGCUACUGUUGAUGUUACAUGUUUUUACCUCGUGUCUCAUCAAUCUCCAGAGAGUACCAUGUCUACCAUCACCAUACGAUUUCCUCAACCCGAGCUGGUAGUGAAUCCACGGUGGAUCACAGAGUCGAACAAUCUCACAUUGACCUGUGUGACUCCAUCAUCUGUGUCUGUGGCCGAGUGUGUUUUGUACUUUAUGAGGACAAAAACUUUCAGAAUCGUCUCCUGCGUGCAGACGCUGGCGGGUGCAGAUCUUCUGGGGAUGGUGCAGGAGAGCUCACCUGCUGAUGUUCAACUAACAUGUUAUUACACUGUAGAGCAGAGAGGAGCACGGUAUCAGUCUCUACACAGUGAUACCUGUGUGGUGCACAUAGAAAGACUUGAGGAAAAGGUGUCUACAACUACCCAGAUCAUGUCAACCAGUGUGACCAAAGAUUUCCCAAAAGGGAGCACUGGUGUGAUAACGUCUUCCCUUACUUCAGAUGAUCCUGAUACAGGAUUGACUGCCAGUUCACCAGCACAAACUGCUGGUUCUCUAUCUGAUUCCCCACCAUCAAUACCAGCAUUAGAAUCUGACAGAGCUGCUACAGAUGCAUCUACAGGUACAUCUCAACCUCCAGUGAGAUCAGCCACCCCAAAAACAAAACACUUGAAGUUGCUUGUAGCUGUGUUUGGUUUUGGUGUAACCCUGGGAGUCAUCUUACUUGGAGGGGCCAUUCUCAGCCCCAAAAGAAGAGGGGUUUCAAGAAACUACAAGAGAUCACGUGCCAACUUUAACGGGGACUUGACUACUGGUGGCAAUGUAUGGUUAUCUCCUGGUGACUAUGACUCCUACAACAUGAUCACCUCCGUCCCUGACGCUGACCAUCCUGCUGAGUCUGUUGUGAACACAGACGUGUUUAAUCAUGAGAACGCUGAUGUAUACCACAUGUACGCCACCAUCGCUGAGGAUCCAUGUGCACCAGACCAGACGGCUGAACCUUACAGCACUGUCCAAACACACUGAAAAUAUUUAGAAAAAAUGUUUCAACAAAGUUCAGGAGAUCCGAACCUUGUGUAAGAUCAGUAGGCCUACAGCAGAAAAGUUGAUUGUUGACAUAUUUGAUAUUAAUGUGGCUUGAUUGUAUUCAAGCCUGCUUAAAGGUAUUGUGACAUCAUUUUUAACAUGCUUUUAACACUAUUAAAAGUCUUGGCCAACAUCCCUUAAAUGUGUCUAAAAGAGUGUAACAAGAAAAACUUCACUCUAGUACUCCAUUCUGUCCUUUUUAUGACAGUGUUUUUUUGCGCCGUGAAAAACGGGUCCUUUUCCCCCUUUCCUGUCAAUCAUUGCGCCGCUCCUCCUCCAAACCUCCUCCAACCAACCGCUACACACUUCUGCCAGCGUCUCCACACACACGCGCGCACACCACAAACACCCACACACACAGCCCAGACAGGGCGACUACAGCCCGGGGAUGAAGUCCAACCGGGACCAGAGGACCGGGACCGCAGCUCCCCGCGAGUAAUACACUCACAGCGGCGUCGGAGAGUUAAGCCGGGAGCGACAGGCGAAGCAUGCACGGAAAAGCAGCAGGGCGAAGCAGACAGUCCACAGCAAACAAUCACAAAAAUAAAGGCAUGUAAAUAAAGUGUCCCCUUAUCUUAAGUCCAGUCAGUGGCCGCGGGUCUUCUUAGCAGUUUUCCUCCGGUGAUUAGAACAAAAGAGGCUCUAAACAGCUCCGUGUUAAGCCUGAUUUAUGGUUCCGCACCAAACCAGGUGCGCCGUUUUCGCACAGUUAUGCGGAAAAUCCCAGAAAGCACACAAUACACUGAAUGUUAAAAGUUCGUUGUUUUUUGGGUGUAAUUGAUGUCAAGACACCCAACAAAACACAAAAAAUCAAGAAAAAUUUGUUUUUCAUGUCACAAUACCUUUAAUGUAAAACUGUGAACAGCUGUUUCUGUAAGCACUGGAAUUAACGUGUUAAAGUUGACUAAAAAUCUUGGUUCAGUUUAAGAAUGGAUUGAGUUGAGCUAAAAUACUGAAAAUGUCAGCUAUAAUAAUAAAAUAAUAAUAAUAAUAAUAAUAAUAAAAUAA